AAUUUACAGACGGGCUAUCCUGGACAGUGUUCAUUGCUUGCUUAAAGAUGCAUGAAAUUGUUACUCUUCAGCUAGGCCAGCGGGCCAACUAUCUUGCGACACACUUCUGGAACUUACAGGAAUCAUACUUUACAUACAAUGAGGGCGAAGAGUCCAAUGUCGACCAUGACGUUCAUUUCCGACCAGGUAUCGGCGCUGAUAGCUCUGAGACUUACACUCCUCGGACAGUAAUCUACGAUCUCAAAGGUGGAUUCGGUACCUUGCGUAGAUACAAUGCACUUUACGAACUUACCGAAGACUCUAAUGCCGGUCAAGGUCUAUGGGAUGGUCCAGAGAUUGUUCAAAGACAAACUCCAAUUCAGCCCAGUGAUUAUCAGAAAAGCUUGGAUCUGGGUACUCAAGCUCCUCGUCUAACCUCGGAGUCUGUACGCUACUGGUCGGACUACAACCGAGUAUUCUACCACCCACGGUCUAUAGUUCAGCUGAACGAAUACGAGCUGAACUCCCAGACUAUGCCUUUCGAGGAUUGGAACGUCGGAGAAGAGCUGUUUCAUACCCUCGACAAAGAGCAUGACCUGAUCGACCGUGAUGUGAGACCUCUCCUUGAGGAGUGUGAUCAAUUACGAGCACUGCAAUUGUUCUCCGGGUCAGAUGAUGCCUGGGGUGGAUUUGCGGCCCGGUAUAUCGAGAGACUGAAGGACGAAUACGGAAAGAAGAGUAUCUGGGUUUGGGCUAUCGAGGAUGGCACCAGGAUGCAGAGGCAUCACCAGUUCAAGAAUGAUACGAACAAGGCCAGGUCGCUUUACUCGAUCUCACCACAGGCAUCACUCUACGCCCCAAUCAUUGACCUACCCCAUAAACUUCCCAGCUACCUCAAUGUGGAUCGCCAAUCAGAAUGGCAGAAGACGGCCUUGAUCGCUUCGGCCAUCGAGACGGUCACGCUGCCCUCCCGACUGCGGCCGUACCAGCAUUUCGAGGCCUCCCUGGCGGGUGAGGAUGGCACACACACCAUCUUCGAGUUGCAAACCUCCAUCAAUAAAAUCAAUGACGGUCAUAAUAAAAGGUCAUCCAAUGAAGAAGGAUCGACUAAAGCCCAAACUGAAUUCGACAUUGACUUCGCCUAUGACGGCGAGCACCACCAGGGCGCCCACAUCUUCAAUCAAGUCCAGGUAACUCGUGGAAAUGAACCGGAACGACAGGGCGAGCCCGCGGACGAGAGGGAUAUGGGGCACGUCAGGAAACUCAGGCUCUACAACUCCGAGCCCAUGCUCCAAAGUUACCAUACGCCACUUAGUCUACCUAUACUUGACAGCUUCCCACACGACAUGUUCCCCACUCCCAAAGCAUGUACUGGCAUCGACGUUUUUUCCGCAUUGACCGCUUCGACCCGUACAGCCCAGAGAAUCAAGGCCCUUUCGGCAACUGCCGCUCGCAUGGUCUCGGUUGAUGAGCGGGAAGACAUGAUCAACGGGCUCGGUGAGAUUCGAGAAUUCUACGAGACCGGGUGGAGUAGUGGCUCGGAUGAUGAGGACGAUUGAGUCCAACCUGUUCUGGU